UCGUAAAAUAUGUCUAUCGAAAUCUCUAAUAGAUAGCUACGCAGGCAGCGACAGAGAAAAAUAUGUAUUAAAAUUGUUUUUACUAAAUUAUUUUAUAUUUGUAAAAGGUUAAUCAAGCCACAACAAUUAGAAUGGCAUCCGCAACGGUAAGAAAUGUGCCACUGCUUGACGAUGAUACGAUACCUUUUGGUGAGGAAGAUGAAAUGCGCGAUCCCAGCAUUGCGGGCCAGAAAUACACGCAUCCGUAUGUCACCUUCUUCCACCUGUUCUUCCGUGGCGCCUCCAUCGUUAUUUACAUGUUCUGCGGAUGGUUUAGUGACUCCUUUAUUACUAGUUUUGUUUUCGUUGUGCUUUUCCUAUCUGCCGAUUUCUGGACUGUGAAGAAUAUUUCCGGCCGACUUUUAGUUGGAUUACGUUGGUGGAACUACGUCGAUGACGAUGGCAAGUCACAUUGGGUGUUCGAGUCGAAAAACUCUCCAUCCUAUCAGGGUCGCGUCAACAAGCAUGAGCAGCGUAUUUUCUGGCUGGGACUUAUUCUGUGUCCGCUAUUCUGGGGCCUCUUCUUUUUAAUGGCGCUCUUUGGACUGAAGUUCAAGUGGCUGCUGUUAGUCAUGAUUGCCAUAGCCCUUAAUGCGGCCAAUUUGUAUGGUUACGUCAAGUGUAACUAUGGUGCCAGCAAAGAUUUAAACAGCGCCGCCACAGACUUUGUUAAGACACAGCUCUUCAAGAACGCAGUCGACAUGAUGACUAAACCCAAUGCAGCUCCACCGACUAACGUGCGUCCGACCGGCGUUGUGUGAACUUGAAUGUCAGCCCCCUUGCCAACAUUGUCUGCGGCGCAUUCCAAAGAACCUUUAGUCUUUAUGCUAAGAUAACUGUGGUCGUUUUUUCUGUAACAUAUGUAAUACUUAAUUUAGCAUUAACUUUUCUAACUUUUACGCUGCUUUGUAUUGAGUAAAAACAUACAUACGUUCUGAAACAUUUGCUUAAAAUCUCA